CAAUGCAUCUCUAAGCGUCUGAAAUCAUAUCACGGAGUGAAGUCAUCAUGAGCGGUAGUGAUAUGUACUUCUUAAUAAAGUGCGGAGAUUUUUAUGUGUUGCCCAGCAAAAAGAUUUCUAAUAAUACUGGGCAAAAGUGUCAAGCAAAAUUCGGCGGAUGCAAGUAUGAAGCCGAGAUAAUUGAAUCCAAUGAUAAUGCUGGUUUAUUAAUAAAGAAAUGCAAAGAGCUUAAUGCAAAACUAGAUCAUGAUCUCCUUUCUGAAGAAGAAUCAGUUCGUAAGCCUGACAAUGACAAUACCAAUGAUAAUGAUGAGGAAUUCAUCCCGCCCGAACGCAAGCGCCGGAGCAAUGCUGACGAACAAAUACAUACUGAAUUUAUAAACGAAGACUUGAAUAUACUUACGCUUUCUGAUGACGAAAACUUCCAGCCCGCAAAUAAUGACAUAAAUGACAUAAAUGAUGAGGAGUAUUGCCCGCAAAAACCUCUCGGGUCGCCCACUGGUUUUAUAAAACGGGUACGUUGGACGAGAGAGGAGCGUUUUGAAAUGAUGAAAGCGUUCGGUAAUGCAAAAACCAUGAAGGAUCUGCCGUCCCUCAAACAGUGCAACAACGUAAUUAAAAACUCGACAUAUUUGAAAAAUCGUUCUGCGGCGCAGCUGAAGACAUGGUUAGAUAACCAGCGGAAAGCUGAGGCGAGAAAGCACAUGUAA